CCUUCUUCAUGCCAUUUUCGUUUGUUGACACUUCUUCCUUUGUUCCACACACCAUGCUCUCAGCCGGGGAAAGGCCUCAGCGGUGCGUUGGGCAUACGAUAGACAGGAUUGGGUCAAGCAGCCAGGUUUGUGGAUAUGAAUGAUCGAAUCCCAUAUUAGUGUUUCUGGAUUGUACACCAUGGAUUUGUCCCGAUUGGAAUCUGUCUCCAUUGUUUACGUGCUAUACUCUCCUCUUCACUCAUGGACCCAUCUGAAUGCAUGCACCUCGGGCCGUACGGCCUCGCGUUUUGGCCAGCUGUCGACAGCAGCAUCACGCAUCCGGAAGGUGACUUGCGUUGUGAUAUCUGGCCUUGUAUUCUUUUAUUUAUCGGUGGGAUGAUCCCGUCUCGGUAAGGGAACGGCCUUCUAUGAUCUGAUCUGCC